UAAAACAACACUAAAUACGAGCGGUGGCGGCUGAAGGAGUACUUCCUAUGAACAAUUAGGACCCGGUGCUUCUCAUAUUCCCGCACUUUUCAGGCAGCAUGAACUCCCUCCCAGGAAAAGCCGCUUUGUCCCUGUGCAGACGCGCGGCGGCGGGCGGGACCAGGGCGCUGGCCGCCUCUCCGGGUCGCCCCAGCGGGGUGGUGCAGGCCGACAGGGCCGCUCUGCAGGCGGUGCGGGUCUGCCACUCCGGGACGAACCAGAAGGACAGCGUCGUGUUUACCAAGAAGCGGGGCUACGACAUCACCAGGAACCCCCACCUGAACAAGGGAAUGGCGUUCACCCUGGAGGAGCGGCUACAGCUGGGCAUCCACGGCCUGCUGCCCCCCUGCUUCCUGUCCCAGGAUGUUCAAGUGCUGCGCGUCAUGAAGAGCUACGAAACCCGCACCAACCCCCUGGACAAGUACAUCCUGCUGAUGACUCUGCAGGACAGGAACGAGAAGCUGUUCUACCGGGUGCUGACCUCCGACAUCGAGGAGUUCAUGCCCAUCGUCUACACUCCCACCGUAGGCCUGGCCUGUCAGCAGUACGGUCUCGCCUUCAGGAGGCCACGAGGACUGUUCAUCACCAUCCAUGACCGGGGACACAUCGCCACCAUGCUCAACUCCUGGCCUGAAGAUGACAUCAAGGCCAUAGUGGUGACAGAUGGGGAGCGUAUCCUCGGACUGGGAGACCUGGGCAGCUACGGGAUGGGCAUUCCCGUGGGGAAGUUGGCUCUCUACACGGCGUGCGGCGGCGUUCCUCCGCAGCAGUGCCUCCCCGUGCUGCUGGACGUCGGCACCGACAACCAGUCGCUCCUAGAUGACCCUCUGUACAUCGGCCUGAAGCACAAGAGGAUCAGAGGCAAGGAGUACGACGAGCUCAUCGACGAGUUCAUGCAGGCGGUGACGGAGAAGUACGGGAUGAGCUGCCUGAUCCAGUUUGAGGAUUUCGCCAACAGCAACGCCUUCCGUAUCCUCAACAAGUACAGGAAUCGAUACUGCACCUUCAACGAUGACAUCCAAGGCACGGCCUCUGUAGCUGUCGCUGGGAUAUUUGCUGCCCUGAAGAUCACCAAGGACAAGCUGCUGAACCACACCUUUGUGUUCCAGGGAGCAGGCGAGGCUGCUAUGGGUAUUGCCCACCUGCUGAUGAUGGCCAUGGCCAAAGAGGGAGUCUCUAGAGAAGAUGCGGCCAAAAAGAUCUGGAUGGUGGAUUCAAAAGGUCUCAUUGUGAAGGGGAGAGGCAACCUGAACCAGGAGAAAGUUGAGUUUGCUCACGAACACCCGCACCUGAAGACUCUGGAGGAGGUGGUGCAAGUCAUCAAACCCACCGCCAUCAUUGGUGUGGCUGCGAUUGGAGGAGCUUUCACCGAGAAGAUCAUCAAGGACAUGGCGUCCUUCAACGAGAGGCCGAUCAUCUUUGCUCUGAGCAAUCCCACCAGCAAGGCCGAGUGCACAGCAGAGCAGUGCUACAAGCUCACAGAGGGCAGAGGUAUCUUUGCCAGCGGGAGUCCGUUUGACAAAGUGACCCUGGCAGACGGACGCACCUUCAUCCCCGGUCAGGGAAACAACGCCUACGUGUUCCCGGGAGUCGCUCUGGGCGUCAUCGCAUGCGGCGUGCGCCACAUACCGGAAGACAUCUUCCUCACUACUGCAGAGGCGAUAGCUGACAUGGUAACAGAAGAGCACCUGGCCGAAGGACGACUUUACCCGCCUCUCAACACCAUAAGAGAAGUGUCCUUCAAGAUAGCAGUAAAGGUCGUCAACUAUGCAUACAGAAACAACAUGGCCUCGGUGUACCCUGAGCCCAAGGAUAAGGAGGCGUUUGUGCUGUCGCAGAUCUACAGUCCAGACUACGACUCCUUCACCCUGGAUACUUACAGCUGGCCACAGGAGGCCAUGAACGUCCAGGACGUGUAAUCCUCACGAGUUACGCUGCUGUGGUGUCGUCCAAAGUUUCACUCCUCUUUCUUUUCUUUGUACUUGUCAGUAAUUGUUAUUCCCCUACAUACCAAACAGUUUCCCAUCGCACUGCCAGUGUCGUCUGAGAGUUGAUUUAUUACCAUCCCGGCAGUGUAGGUUUUUAUUUGGCCCGUUCCUUUAAGGAAGACUAUUAUGUUCUCACAGGAGCAUAUCAGUUAUCACACAUGCUCUAUAUCCAGCCACCUUUUCACUUGUUUCUUUCUGCUAAGCAGAAUCAGCAGUCACUGUGUGGCGUUAUCUUGCACUGCUUUGCUGACUCGACACAAGAAAACGGUGAGCUCACUGGGAUUUAGUUUUUUUAUUUAUUUUUUUUAAACCCAUCAGAAUACGUGUGCCUGAUUCUGUGACCUCUGGAGGUCGCUGCUCCAUGAGCUUAAAAGAUUUGACCAUUUUAUAAAAGAAAAAAAAAAAAAACUGAUCUGCCCCAUCCGUUCUACCUGUAUUAGCUUGUGCAGCUCAUGUUUUUGUUUUUAAAGCGGUUUGUUCUUUGUUUGGCUCUGCGUUGCUGUCAGAAUUAGUUUUCAAUGAAGGACUUUUGAUUGUUUUAUUGAUUAGAGAAGGAAUCGUUCCCCAUCAGGAUGUCUUUGUACUACUCAGGAGUUUGCCUUCUGUCUCAUACUGAUGUUUUUCUUUUUUUUCUGCCAAAGCUGCUUAAGCUUCAUAUGUUUUACUGAGGGAGAGAAAAAAAAAAUAUGCUGCACAAGCUUUUAGUACUUAGAGGUGUGCUUGAAGUCUUGGGGGGG